AUGGCAGGCCGGGGCAAGACUCUCGGAUCUGGGGCUGCAAAGAAGGCACAAUCGAGGAGCAGCAAGGCUGGGCUGCAGUUUCCCGUCGGCCGUAUCGCCCGUUUCCUCAAGGCCGGCAAGUAUGCCGAGCGCGUCGGCGCCGGAGCUCCGGUCUAUCUGGCUGCUGUCCUUGAAUAUCUCGCCGCUGAGGUGCUGGAAUUGGCCGGGAACGCUGCCAGGGACAACAAGAAAACAAGGAUUGUGCCUCGGCACAUUCAGUUGGCGGUGAGGAACGAUGAAGAAUUGAGCAAGCUUUUGGGUGACGUGACGAUUGCCAAUGGCGGUGUGAUGCCUAACAUCCACAACCUUCUGCUGCCGAAGAAGGCUGGCUCCUCAAAGCUUUCUGCUGAUGAUGAAUGA